UCCCCCUCUGCAGCUUGUGCCUCCUGCCCCUUGCCCCAUGCCCAGCACCACCAGGAGCAGCUCAUCUCCAUCUUUCCCGCAUACUCCCAUUCCCAGGCUCGGUGCAGGGGGACCGAGUGUGCCGAGGGGAACAUCGGCGCGUUGCAACGGGGAGAAGUUUUCCGUGAGCACAAGUGCAAAGAGUGCAAAGGGCCGGUUACAAGUGCUGGGGCACCACCAUGGAGUACAUCAGCACACGGGGAGGUGCGGGGACCGUCGACUUCGAGAAGACCCUCUUCUCCGGCUUCGCAUCCGAUGGGGGCCUCUUCAUGCCCAAGCACAUCCCCUUGCUGGACCGGGACACCCUGCGGAGGUGGAGCAGCCUCUCCUACCCGGAGCUGGUGAAGGAGCUGUGCUCCCUCUUCAUCACGGCUGACCUGGUCCCGCGGAGCACACUCAAUGACCUGAUCGACAGGGCCUUCAGCAGGUUCAGACACAAGGAUGUCGUCCAUCUGUCCAGGCUGAAAGAUGGGCUGAAUGUUUUGGAGCUCUGGCAUGGGGUUACUUAUGCAUUUAAGGACCUGUCCUUGUCCUGCACAGGGCAGUUCUUACAGUACUUCUUGGAGAAAAGGCAGAAGCACGUCAAUGUUGUGGUGGGGACUUCAGGGGACACGGGGAGCUCAGCCAUUGAGAGCGUGAGAGGGCAGAAGAACAUGGACAUCUUUGUUCUGCUGCCCAAGGGGUUGUGCACCCAGGUACAAGAACUUCAGAUGACCACAGUCAUUGAAGACAACAUCCACAUCUUUGCUGCUCAUGGGAACAGCGAUGAAAUCGAUGCGCCCAUCAAGGAACUGUUCGCUGAUGUUGAUUUUGCCAGAAAAUACAACCUGAUGAGCUUGAAUUCAGUCAAUUGGUCCAGGAUUAUGGUGCAGAUCGCUCACCACUUCUAUGCUUACUUCCAAUGCGCCCCGUCCCUGGAUACCACCCCGUUGCCAGUGGUGGAAAUUGUUGUGCCAACAGGAGGAGGAGGAAAUAUCACAGCUGGCUGUAUUGCCCAGAAGAUGGGUCUCCCAAUUCGCCUUGUUGCUGUGGUUAACAGCAAUGACAUCAUUCACAGGACUGUCCAACAUGGAGAUUUCUCACUGUCAGAGAGCGUGAAGCCUACGUUAGCAUCAGCCAUGGAUAUUCAGGAGCCCUACAACAUGGAGAGGAUCCUCUGGCUGCACUCAGGCUUUGACAGCCGCCUGAUAAAAACAUUGAUGGAGCAAUUCAGUGUAUCGAAAAGCCUUAAGCUGCCGGAGGAUUUGCACAGGAAGCUCUCCGAAACCCUGCGCUCGUGCUCGGCCUCGGAUGAGGACAUCAUGCGAGCUAUGUGGCGCUGCUGGGAGGAGAACCGCUACCUGCUGUGUCCCCACUCUGCUGUGGCUGCUUAUUAUCACUACUCACAGCCAGACAGCACAUCCCGGUGUUGCUUAGCUCCAGCCUCCGCAGCCAAAUUCCAGGAUGCUCUGCUCCGAGCUGGCCUGGUUCCCCAGGUCCCCCCUGAAAUCACUGCCCUAACAGCGAUGGAGACCAGGUCUACCCCCCUGCAGCGGGGACAGGACUGGGCACAGGCACUGCGGGAGCAGAUUGAAGCUGCAGCCCAGCGGUGGGAGGUACAGAGGUGUCGGUUGGGAUCCCCAGGACAGUGGGGGAUCACCGGGCAGGGGGUCACACAGGCUUGAGGUACCAGGGCAUGGCUGGCCAAUGCGUCCCAGGGCUCAUUUUCCAUUCCCGGGAGAGCCACGUGUUAUGCUGAGAGGAGCACACGCUUUCCAUGCAAUGAAUUAUUAGCAAGGGCACACUUAACCCUUGAAUUAUAGAGACUAUUUCAUAACAUUUUCAGUAGAGCUCUGCAAUUGUAUCCACUUUUUCCUAGUAAUCCAUAAAAACUGGUUGAAACUCUGAAUAAACCCACCUAUUCCUUCGUUACUGGUUCUUACAGAAAGCUCCCUCAGCACUACCCACGGUUGGCAGCUUCUUGAGCGUUAUCCAGUGGUUCUGGCCCCAUGCUCCGAUGUUCAAGCCCAGCGAUCCCAGCAGCACUUGGGAUUCUCAAUGGGAAACGCAUGCAGGGCCCCAUGCUGUGAUGUUCAAGCCCAGUGAUCCCAGCAGCACUUGGGAUGCUCAAUGGGAAACAUGCAGGGCUGGAGUGGAUCCGCCUUUACGCAUCCCUGUAAUUCAGGUAGUGCCAGGGACCAUUCCCAAGCAUCACAACUUGCUCAGUCUUAAAUAUCAGAUGUUUUCUCUGAACGUAUUUAUAUUAAGGAGCUACUUCCCAGUGCCAUAUCUUGCAGCUUUUGGUCCUAGUCCUGCUGCAGACUGUUCCUGGGCAACUUCCACUGAAACAAAUAGGAAAUGGAAAAUUCCCCUUAACUUCUGCCUGAAACUUCAGGUCGUUCAGUACCACGUUUGCAUCAUAUACAUAUAAAUAUAUAAAUACCUUGUGUGGGAGCUGCCUCCACAAGUCAUGCAUCUGGCAGGAAUCUCUUGCGCCUAAAAAGGGGGGAAGAAAAAAAAAGAAAUAAUUACACCAAGGGGGAAAAAUCCCCCUUUGCCAUCAAAUAAAAUUCCCCAUUUGACAUCAAA